CUCUAUAAUACGCUUUUCGACUUCGAUAUAAUUCAGUUGGGUUACCCAGGCGCCUUUUGUGCAACUACCGUUAGAAGCGCCGGCAUCCCUAUGGGGCUGUCCCUUGCUGAGAAGGAUACUUGGAGCCCUUUUCAUGUUAAAAGCCAACAGUGUGACCUGGACUGCCCUGCCUCUGAUGGCGCUGACGAAAGCGGUUCCGCGGACCUUCCGUUGGUGCCUCUGCUUAAUGCUAUCGCAUUCGCUUUUGGCUCAACUCUAUUACUAUGGAUCCUAGCAAGGGCUACAAUUAGGAGGCUUCGGAGGCCCGGCCGCUUUUACGGGUUCGGUUUGGCAACCCAGGAGGGUGGCGUUCCUGGCUUAGCCUCCGCAGCAGCAGCAGGAGCAACAGCAGGGUUACCGUACGGCAGCCCUCCGACGCCCCCGCCGGUGACCUGGCUGCGUGACGCCGACCCCGCCGCCGCCGCUGCUGCCCCUGUGUCGUACACACCGUACACGCCGUCGCCGCCGGUUGAGCAGCUGCUCUUCUCCGUCAGCCCGCAACCGCCGCAGCCUCAACCUGCGUUGGGAGGGUACGGCGGCAUGGGGACGCCAGCAGGGGCUGUGCCGUACUACCCGCCUGUGCUGGGCGGCGCUGGCGCUGGCAAUGCUGCUGUUAGCGGCAUAGGCAUGUCUUCAGCUGGUCCCAGCGGCGCCUCACCCCCGGGCGGCAGCCGUGUCAGGCGCCGCGGCCCGGUCGGCUGGGACCGCGGGUUGCUGAGCCGCCAGUCCGCGCUGCUGCCCUGCAUCAGCAGCGUGGAGGGGCUGCUGGCCUCACCGGAGUUCCAGCAACACAUGAGGAACACCCGGCGCCGCUCCCCUCAGCUGGAGCAGGAACAGUCGCUGGCCAAAGUGCAGCUGUACAAGGACCUGCGGCGGAUGGACCCGGAUGCCUUCCGGAGGCUGCUGUCGCGAACCGACAUCCGGUCGUACGAGGUGCGUCCGCCCCCCCUGGCGCUGGCGGUGGUGGAGUACCUGGUGGAGGUGCUGCUGCUGCCGGCGGGGCUGGCGGCAGCAUGGUGGGCCAGCAGCGGGGGCGGCAGUUGGAGCGCCGGUGGGGGGAGCAGUGCAGGGAGCGGGAGCGGGAGCAGCCAGCAGGGGGCUGGGGCGGCUGGCGAUGGUGGUGAUGCAGGCGGGGAGGAAGCAGCAGCGGGGGCGCUGUCGGUGCAGCAGCUGCUCAUGUUGGGUCCGCUGCUGGCCUGGCUGGGCCUCAAGCUGUGGCUGGCCGCCUCCGGCCACACCAGCCUGCUCGCCCGCGCCACCCGGGUGUACCUCGUGUACGACAACAGCAGCAGCAGCAGCGGG